UGCUUUUCCCUUUCUAUUUUUGUAUUGUUGUUCAAAGCUCUUCACUCUUAUAACAGCUCAACCAAGAAAGAAAGCUAAGAUAAUUAAUAGAGGGAUGGAAGGAGGUAGACUUGUUGGGGUAGCAGUGGAUUUCUCAGCAUGCAGCAAGAAAGCUCUGAAAUGGGCAAUUGAUAACAUUAUUCGUAAAGGAGAUCACCUUAUUAUUGUUACUGUUCAACCUGAAGGCCAUUAUGAAGACGGCGAGAUGCAGCUUUGGGAGACCACUGGUUCUCCUUUCAUUCCUUUAGACGAGUUAUGUGAUGCCCACACAAUGAAAAAGUAUGGGGUUAGCCCCGACCCCGAAACAUUGCAAAUGAUAACCCUUGCUGCUAGGCAGAAGGAGAUUCUAGUAGUCAUGAAAAUUUUCUGGGGAGAUGCUCGAGAGAAGUUAUGUGAAGCAGUUGAAAAAACUCCGUUGAGCUGUCUGGUCAUAGGGAACAGAGGGCUUGGAAAGAUCAAGAGGGCUAUUAUGGGCAGUGUCAGCAACUUUGUGGUGAAUAAUGCUACGUGUCCUGUUACUGUUGUGAAGCUUGCAGAAGGCUAAUUUUACUAGCAGAGCUGAUUUGUUGUCAUUGAGAUCUUAGCUUAUGUUAAAAUAAUCUUGUCUGUUUUCAAGGUUUAUGUUGGAUCAAGCUUCUAUAUUAUGGUGAACUUUGGAUAUGGUGAUGACUGAUGUGUGUAUUAUGUACCCUCAUGUUGAACCGCUGUAAUUCCUGUCACUUUGGGUUGCUGCAGUAAAUAAACUUUUCGAACUCCUUCAA